UAAAUUCAACAAACCUUAGCUAUGUGUCAACCAACCUACAUAUUUAACGGAGACUUCCGGACGACAUACUUACUCCUCACAUCCCAGCAUUCCACCAACUUCCAACUCCUCCCAUUGCAAAGCUAGCCAUUAUCCUCCAUAUCCCACAGUAGGGAAUAGGUGAAAAUGGCACAAGUUGUUCCUUCUGCACAGUGGCAAAUGAGGAUAGCCAAGAGCUCUACUGAGGCAACUCCAAUGGCUUCCAAGAUGUGGGGAUCUGUUGUAAUGAGACCAAACAAAAAAAGUGCAGCAAAAAGCUCUAUUAAGUUUAGAGUGUUAGCUAUGCACUCUGAGAACCACACUGUGAACCGGCUGGAGCAGCUGCUAAAUUUGGACAUUACUCCAUACACUGAUAGGAUUAUUGCUGAAUACAUUUGGAUUGGUGGGUCUGGACUUGACUUGCGUAGUAAAUCCAGAACGAUCUCAAAUCCAGUUCAACACCCUUCAGAGCUUCCGAAGUGGAACUAUGACGGAUCAAGUACUGGCCAAGCACCUGGAACUGACAGUGAAGUUAUUCUAUACCCCCAGGCAAUAUUUAAGGACCCUUUUCGUGGAGGAAACAACAUACUGGUUAUCUGUGAUACAUACACGCCAGCUGGUGAGCCCAUUCCUACAAACAAACGCCACAGGGCUGCUCAGGUUUUCAGUGACCCGAGAGUAGAAUCAGAAGUGCCAUGGUAUGGAAUAGAGCAAGAGUACACCUUAUUGCAGCAAAAUGUGAAGUGGCCCUUAGGUUGGCCUGUUGGAGGAUACCCAGGUCCUCAGGGUCCUUACUACUGUGGUGCUGGAGCAGACAAGUCAUUUGGCCGUGAUAUAUCAGAUGCUCAUUACAAGGCCUGCCUAUAUGCUGGAAUUAACAUUAGUGGCACCAACGGGGAGGUCAUGCCUGGUCAGUGGGAAUUCCAAGUAGGCCCUAGUGUUGGAAUUGAGGCUGGAGAUCAUGUCUGGUGUGCUAGAUACAUUCUUGAGAGAAUUACUGAACAAGCUGGAGUUGUUCUUUCACUUGAUCCAAAGCCAAUAGAGGGUGACUGGAACGGUGCUGGAUGCCAUACCAAUUACAGUACCAAGAGUAUGAGAGAUGAAGGGGGAUUUGAAGUUAUAAAGAAAGCGAUUUUCAAUCUCUCGCUUCGGCAUAAGGAGCACAUCAGUGCUUAUGGAGAAGGUAAUGAGAGAAGGCUGACGGGAAAGCAUGAAACUGCUAGUAUCAACACAUUUUCUUGGGGAGUUGCUAAUCGGGGUUGCUCAAUUUGUGUGGGCCGUGAUACCGAGAAGAAUGGAAAAGGGUAUUUGGAGGACCGUCGCCCUGCUUCAAACAUGGAUCCCUAUGUGGUGACCUCUUUGCUUGCUGAAACCACCUUACUGUGGAAACCCACACCUGAGUCUGAAGCUCCCACGGCCUAGAAACUGCUGAUGAAAGUCAGAAACAUAUCUUAACGUUUUGAAGCAAACCGCCUUGAUUUGAAUCACCAAGAGUAUAUGGACUUGAUAGUGUGUGAGAUUUGUGCUGUUUACUUACAUCUCCUUGUGCAAAUUAGGAACAUGUUCGCACCUUUGGGACUUUUGGCCAUGCUUUAGCUUGCCAAUGGUCCCUUAGACACAAGGAGACGUCGGAACUAAGUUAUUUUCAAGAAUAUUCUACACUUUGGACUUAUUUUUUGUGCUGUUGGUAAUUGCAUCAAUCUACACUUUUAUUUGCGUUAACCAUCAAGCUUCUUGAAUCUUGAUGCCUUUCUUGUACCCAUCAUUUCUUUGGGUGCAAUACAUUUUAUAGAGUAAUGCUACUUUAUGUCCAGUUUGGGAAAAUGUAAACUUGCUUUUAUACAGGAGAUUGUUGGCUGAUAUUCCUUUGUGGAGCAUCCGUCAUAUACUCAUAUAUCUCUUUAUUGUGAU